AAAUUUCAGAAAAUUUUUCUUUCGCAUCAAAAGUCUUUCCGGUAUUAUAGAGCGCAAGUGCAUAAAAAACAGAGAGGCGUGUUGGAGUUCUCCACUGGAAAACCAAGGUAAGAGGGAGUGAGCAAAGGAUUGAGCGUUGACUCUUGAUUGUAUCGACGAAAUGGCACUUGAGGAGAAGAAACUGAAGCUGUAUUCCUACUGGAGGAGCUCCUGCUCUUACCGUAUCCGAAUUGCCCUUAACCUCAAAGGUCUGGAGUACCAGUACAUACCUGUUAACUUGCUCAAGGGGGAGCAAUUCAGUCCUGAAUUCCAAAAGCUGAAUCCUAUUGGCUAUGUACCGGUGCUGGUGGAUGGUGACAUUAUAAUUUCAGACUCUUUUGCAAUUUUUAUGUAUCUGGAGGAGAAAUACCCUCAACCUCCACUAUUGCCAUCUGAUCUUCAAAAGAAGGCACUCAAUAUCCAGGCUGCAAAUAUUGUUUGCUCGAGCAUACAGCCUCUUCAGAAUCUAGCUGUACUGAAGUACAUUGGGGAAAAAGUAAGUCCAGAUGAUACAAUUCCGUGGGCAAAAUUUCAUAUUGAGAAGGGCUUUGAAGCACUCGAGAAGCUGUUAAAAGACCAUGCUGGAAGAUAUGCAACUGGAGAUGAAGUUUUCAUGGCGGAUCUGUUUUUAGCUCCACAGAUUGAUGCUGGAAUUAAAAGAUUCAAUGUUGACAUGGCUAAAUUCCCGAUUUUAUCUCGGUUGAAUAAGGCAUAUAGUGAGUUAGAGCAAUUCCAAAAUGCUAUGCCUUCGAAUCAGCCAGAUGCUCCUUCAGCAUAGAGCAUUUGUUAAACUGGUCGAUUGAUGAGGUUUAAUACCAAACUCAUCUACAAAAAUCAAAAUUGCUGCAUGAAGUGUCACCAAUGAAGCUUAAAGGUAGCACCUUUGGGGCAUAAUUUGUACUGGUAAGUUACAACAGGGGCUUUCUUAUUGCUUGUUCCAUGAUAUGACCAACGAUAAUAAGGAUUAUAGGGUCCAGAAGUUAAUGUAAGAUGCUUAUAUGUAAUAUAUACAUGUUCAUCUGAAGUUUCAUUGAA